CGAGCGGGCUCCUGGCGCCUCGCGGCCCUGGUCUGGAUGCACUUGCUGUUCGCACCGGCGGCUGGGCCCGGGCGGGAGUCGGGGGGUGCUCUCCCGCUGCCCUCCGUGGGGGUGUGUCACGAUCACCGGACGUCCGAAUUGGGAAGGAGCUCAAUGUCUAGCCCCCCCCAAUUCGAACUCUAAAGAUGAGGAAACCGCUCCCGAGAGGGGCAGUGAAUUGCCCGAGAAAAUACGGCUGGGCAGUGGAAGAAGGCCCCUGGCUCCCCAUUGCGAAGAGCAAGUCAAAAACCAUUCUAGUAAAAAUGAUGAGCCAAGCUGGGACAGGUUUCUGCUUCAACGCCAAGAGAGGCCGACUACGGGAGAAACUGACUCUCUUGCAUUAUGAUCCAAUUGUGAAGAAAAAAGUCCUCUUUGUGGAACAGAAAAAAAUACGCUCCCUCUAAACAAUGGAUUGAAAAUGAAUUUGAUUUAUAAAUGAGAAGACUGAGGGUGGGGAUACUGAUUCAGAAAUCCUGCAGUGUGUAAUAAAAGAAGAGGAAAUAGCACAGAAUCACUGCCUCCUGUGAUUUGA